AUGCUGGGCCGACUUCUCAGCACUGCUGCCUCGAGCCUGAAUCCAGCAGCAUACUCUUCUCGAAAUCAUGGAACCCCUCUUGAAUCGGUCACGGAGGAAGAACACACUUCCGGGCUUCUCUUUCCCGAUGCUAGCUUGCUGCGCCGUUCUAAUACCCAUGCAUACCCACUACAUACAACAUUUCACUCCCCAAAUGCCUCGACUGCAGGUGCACAUGACGAUCGAGGAGGAAUGGAAUUAGAUUCCAUCAAAGACUUUCGAGUGAUCGUGGCUCAGAAUGCUCUAGGUGAUCGCGACGCCUGCGUUCUGCUCGACACUCGUGCUUCAUCCGAACAACCCCCUACCGGCCUUGGCAUCGACUCUCGAGACCUUGAGCAAUCCGGUGCUCGACAUUCCCGUGCGGUAUCUAGUCUCUCUCGUGGUUCUCGCCGAAAUCUCCUUACCCAGUCCUCCGUUGUCGAUUCGAGCCCCCUUUCUGCCGCUGCUGACGCGCGACGAUCUUCACCCGCAGGUCCCGGUGCCUUCUCGCGAGCCCGAGGCCGGAGCUCAACUUUGGCACAGACAGGGACAUGGAAUGAAUCGGGUCAUUCCCGACAUGGAGCUGACUCCAAUGAUACGGGGUUACUCAACUGCAUCUUUGGCAGCAGUGCAUUCAGCUACCGGGGUUCAUCGACGAAAAUGCAUAUCAUCUCGGCUGAUGAGGACCCAGGAACAGUGGCUAGUGCCUCGCCCGCUACCCGAAGCCCACUGGCACGAGCCUACACCACUGGCAGUCCUUCUGGGUUGAUGGCAUCUUCUCGGGGACCGGACGGCAAACCUCCGGCUAAGGUUACAGUUCUCUUAACCCGCAUGUUCAGCGUCAACCUACCAGAGGGACCUGAAGCGUCGGCUGAACGUCAUGACUAUGCCAAUGCCAUAUACCAGGAGUCAUUGCCUGAAAUGGGGUUUCCUUUUCCCGACGUGUCGAAGCGGAAGAAGAUCAAAGAGAAGAAAACCCCCAUGUAUGCUGUCGCUAUCACGAUCCAAAUACCUUUACUUGCGCGAAACUCUGGACGGCCUGUGUCACGAUUCAGCACCCUUGGACCAGAUAUCCCGAGGUCCGGAUUGUCCAGCUCGUUGGAUUCCGACUACCGUUGGCCCGGUGGCUUUCUUGAUGAUAGCCUGUCAGCAGCGUCUCCUCCUGCGAGCCUGGAUGAACGUCUGGAUAUGCUGGUCGAUCACUGGGAUGUCAUAACUCGCACUUUGUCUCAUUUGGAGAGGCUCGCUAGGAACGAGAUUCUUUUUCUCUUGAAAAAGGUGGACUCCCAUUCUGGACAGCACCCAAAACCUGCAAAGCCGCCUAAUAUGCAACGCACCAACCAAACAUUCGUGCAUCUGCCCGCCAACAUCCUUGCUGUUAAUUCCAAACUCAAGGACGAGGCCCUUCGAAGCACCCGCCGGAUCAGCAUGGCUCUUCAAACCCCUUAUGUGGUGACUGGGCAGAGCCGGUGGGGUGUAUGGCGAGAAGAAGGCCGUUCUAUCGUUCGAAGUCUCGGAGACAAGGAGCAGAAUUUCUUCUUCCUUGUAUUGCUGACUGCAUUCCUGGGAAACCAUACUGAAUGGCUCAAUGCACUGGGGCCUGAAUGGUACCGCCGGCGGCACAAUCAGCAGCAAAAAGCACAGCAAGAUAGUGAGCCUAUCUUGAUCCACCGAACCGUCAUUGUUUGCCCAGACAAGAUGACUGCCCGUCGUCUGAUUUUCUUACUUUCUGCAUUUCUUCCCUCCAAACAACGACUGGAUCCGCUGCCUUCCCCGCUUCGACCGGGUACGUCGGCCUCCGUGCGUGGUAUCUCCCAAAGCCCCCCCACUGUUCCUGUUCUUCGCCAAGAAUCCCUUCGCAGAGCGAUUGAGCGUCGUGCUCGUGCGCAACGAUUAUUGUCGGGUGACCACGAUCACCACCGGCGCUCGGUGAGUGUGUCUUCUCAAGAUACAGCACAUCGUCCAUCUGAGUCAGUGGACCAAAUAACCCCGGUGCCAUCUGUCUCAGCUCGUAGAGGAUCCGAUGCUCGUUCAAUUAAAACUUUAAGUUCAAACGUUCAAGCUAAGGACUUUCGAUCUCAAAACACCAGUGGAGCAACGACCUCAAUGACCACCCAGAGCAGCACUGUUCCGGUGCCUCAUUUUGCCUCACAGCAGACACGCUCUAGCCAGGGAGGUUCUGACCGUAGCGUGGCAGAUACCAAUGAAAGUUUGGCUUCUGAGAAUCUGCUGAAGAACUUGCAAAGAAGUGACAGUACAGCCUUGAGCUCAAAUGGCAGUCUGCCUUCUGCUGGGGGGCGCUGGGGUGGUCUUUUCUCUGGAUUAUGGAGCUCGCGCCAAGAAUCAUCGACUGGUGGCGCUGAUUAUUAUUCCCCAUCAGACGCCCGCAAGAGAUCUGUCUCUACCAUAGCUGGUCCUCCAAUGCGUGGCACGCCUACGCUGAGUCAGAUGGUCAAGGAGGUCACGGAAGAUGAAGCGGAGCAUCGGCCCGAGACAGCGCCCAGUGGCAAUAUUUCUAUUCCGGCCACACUGACCUCCGCGGCCCAUGGCUCUGUGGACGAUCCUCUAGAGCCGUCUUCUAUUACCAGCCAGGUCCGUGAAUCUCCUCUGAAAUUAUCAGUCCGAGCGGAGGAGGGCGUAGUAGACGUUGACCUUCCACUGCCCGGAUUCUUGUCUCUCUCAUCAUCGGGGGAUUCUACUAUUGCAUCUCCGAAGAAGACUCGGACAUCAAUAACCAGUGUGGAUGCUAUGGCGUCCACGCACAGCAGUGGUUCUGGAUUCCACAAUUCCAUGAAAGAGCCCGACGGUCCCAGCACACAUGUUGCAGGUUGGCUGAAGCUUUUUCAUGAAGAUUUUUCUCUUCAAGCAGUGCGGCCAUAUGCUGCUUUAGAGGCCGACAUAAAGCGUGCAAUGCUUGCUGAGCCCACACCAUACUUCCCCUCAACUCCUGACGUGGAAGGGUCAGAGAGAUGGGUGGAUGUUGCAACAACCUUGAUUGCGGAUACUCGAAGCUCUUCUGUCAAACGCCUCCGGCUGAGACGAAAGAUCAUUGUUGGUGAUAGCUUUGCUUCUAACCACACUCCGCCGUCCCCAGCCAGCGCUCUUUACACCGGCGGCUCCCGCUCCGGUGGAGGCACUUCACAAUUUCCCACUUUCUUUUCUGGAUACGGCAAGUCUCUUGAAGGCUCCGUCAUUGAAGGCCUGGAUCCGAACUGCAUCGAAGAACGAUUUGUUGAAGAGGCAGUCAUGGAUCUCGAUGGUAUUCUAGUUGACGCCGUUGAACGAGUCCUCGGCCAGAGCGGUUACUCCUCUAUGGCUCAUUCUCGAGCCCCAUCUCCCUCGCGUGCUCGCCGUGGCGAAGACAAGGGCAGUACCACACCACGUGGAGAGGACGUCCCUCCAGUCGAAGUUCCUCGAGCGGAGUGCCGCAAAAUAGUGCUCGGAGCCCUGGAAGAGGUGGUUCGGAUUGUCAAUGCUGAACACUGCCGUGAAGAUGUGGAUACUGAGCUAGGUAUCGCUGACCGUGAGCGUCGGAGAGCCCUGGCCGGUGCUGAUAACACCCUUCGUGAAGGAAUCCGGAAAUGGCUCCUUGACGUCGAAGAACUCUGGUGA